AUGCAGAGCACCCCCAACUACCUCUGGAGCACCGAGGACCUCCUGGGCCAGGGCGCCACGGCCUGUGUCUACAAAGCUCGCAACAAGAAAUCAGGGGAGUUGGUUGCUGUGAAGGUCUUUAAUAAUGCCAGCUACCACCGGCCCCAGGAGGUCCAGAUGAGAGAGUUCGAGAUGCUGAGGAAGCUGAACCAUAAAAACAUUGUUAAAUUAUUUGCUGUGGAGGAGAUGGGCAGCAGCAAGCAGAAGGUGCUGGUGAUGGAGUACUGCUCGAGCGGCAGCUUGCUGAACGUGCUGGAAGACCCGGCGAACGCCUUCGGCUUGGCCGAGUCAGAGUUCCUCAUUGUGCUGCAAUGCGUGGUGGCAGGGAUGAACCACCUCCGCGAGAACGGCGUUGUCCACAGAGACAUCAAACCCGGGAACAUCAUGCGGCUGAUGGGGGAGGAUGGGCAGAGCAUCUAUAAGCUGACGGAUUUUGGGGCCGCCCGAGAGCUGGAUGAUGAUGAAAAGUUUGUGUCUGUCUACGGGACGGAGGAGUAUCUCCACCCAGACAUGUAUGAGCGAGCGGUCCUGCGCAAGCCGCAGCAGAAGGCGUACGGCGUCACCGUCGACCUCUGGAGCAUCGGCGUCACCUUCUACCACGCUGCCACCGGCAGCCUCCCCUUCGUCCCCUUCGGGGGACCUCGCAGGAACAAGGAGAUCAUGUAUAAAAUUACCACCGAGAAGCCUCCCGGAGCCAUCACGGGGGUCCAGAGGCAGGAGAACGGGAGCAUCGAGUGGAGCUACGAGCUGCCCGUCACCUGCCGGCUCUCUGCGGGGCUGAAGGACCAGCUGAUACCCAUUUUGGCUAACAUCCUGGAGGCGGAUCAGGAGAAAUGCUGGGGAUUCGACCAGUUUUUUGCAGAAACCAAUGACAUUUUGCACAGGAUCGUGGUCGACGUCUUCUCCCUGCAGCAGGCUUCCUCGCAUCGCAUCUACAUCCACCCCUACAACACUACCACCAAGUUUUUAGAUGCUGUCUUCAAACAAACAAAUAUAGUCCCUCACCAUCAAGAAUAUUUUUUUGAAGGUCAUCUGUAUGAGUUGGAUCCUAAUCUACAAGCUCAUAAUUUCUGCAGAACCACAGAGCACAACCCUCUGACCUUGCUGAGCUCCGCUGAGCAAGCAGAAGACGUGGUAGGAGUCAGAUACAGAGACCCGGCUGCGGGCUUUCCGCCGGCAGUGCCCUUUGCUUUGCAGAGCGCGGUGGGCGCCGUGCACCAGACGCUGCGGAUCGCCCAGGCCCUGCGGCGCUGCCGGGAGCUGCUGGUGAGAGGUCUCCACUGGGUGAUUGGGAACCUGAAAACGGAGUGCUCGAGGAUUUUGGAGCAGAGGAGAGGGGCUCUUUCGGUGCUCGCCUGCCUGCAGCUCACUGAGGUGAAGAUCCGCGUGCUGUGCGAGGCUGUUUCUGCAGGCAGCGGGGUGCCGGCUCUGAAGGACGUGGCCAUGGUGAAGACAAGGCUGCAAAGGGUCGCCGAGGAGCUCUCUCAGUGCUCCCACAACAUCUUUGAUUUUCAAGGGGCUCUGGAUGGCAUUUUGUCUGAGCUGGUGAAGCACAGGCAACAAGUGCAUGAAGACAAAAGCAUCCGGCAGAUCGAGUGCUGCCUGGAGAAGAUGCAGCUGAUCCACAAGCAGUUCAAGAAGGCCAGGACGUGUCUGCGGCUGGGCUACAAUGAGGAACAAAUACACAAGCUGGAUAAGGUGAAUUUAGGGCAUCUGGCCAGGAAGGUUCUGUUGAUUUUCCAGGACGACUGUGUCCAGCGGUACCAGGAGGCCCUGGCCCUCCACGGCAGCAGGAUGAGGAAAGUUUGUGAGAUAAAGAAGCAUUUGAAGAAGCUCAGCAACCGCAUCAGCGCCUGCAGCGUGGAGACGAUGGAGUGCCAGGACUGCCUGCAGAGUGCUCUGGACAGGUUUCUCCAGACAGAGAAACAGAGUUUGGCCCCGGUUCCUCCCGCGCCUUCACCCAUCCAUCUGAGCCAGGCACGCCAGGAGAUGGCUUUCCGGAUGCAGGAGCUCCUGGAGCAGAUGAGGUCAGUAACUUGUGAUCUCCAGUUCAACAACAGCAUCAUCGAGCGGUUAAGUGGGGCUGCCCCCACUCCCGGUAUUUGAGAGAAGUGGUGAAUUUGCGGCUGCUGAAGCAAACUGCUUUC